CUUACUGAGCAACUCAUGAACGCCUUGGCAGGGAGCAGUAGAGGGACGAAGUGGGAGGCAAGGGAGUUGAUGAUAACGCGGGCCUUAUCCACCGCCUGAAAAUCGAGGCCAAGCGUUGCCAUAAAAUAAUGCCUUCCACAACAAACUUCUCACAAACAAAACAAAAUUUCUAAAUUCUUUGCCGUCUUUGAAAAUGUCUUCUUGAGUUACCCGACGAUCUCUUCCUAGGGCUUGAUACGAUGAACUUCCGAGACGUUGAACUUGAGAUACAUGGACACACAUUUGUCUCACCUGAUCAGCAAUAAUGGAGAACAUUGGUGGGGACCUACCCACGUCCCUCGAAGAAGUUGAGAGUCUCAUUCUCCAGCUCUAUCAACCUGGAGCCCCAGCAAAGAUAGCCAAAAUCCAAGAAACACUACAAAAAUUGCAGCGCGCUCCCCAGGGUUGGCAGCUUGCAAAUGGCUUGAUGGAACACCAAAACGAGCAAGUCCGAUUCUUUGCGGCUCUAACCUUCAUUGUCAAACUUAACACGGACGCAAAGUCGUUGACUGAGGGGAACGCGCAAGCAUUACUCCAGACCCUCAUCAGCUGGCUUAUCAGAUGUAUGACCAGCUCCGACAGAGCCCUUGUCAUCAGGAAGUUAUGUUCUACUUUAAUAGCAUACUUCGUCCAAUUCUCCACAUCAUGGUCAGACUGUGUUAAGCAUAUCAUGUACUGUAUGUGCGCCAAUGAAGCUCUACCCUACGAUCAGCUCUCAGCCGCCCCAGAAACUUCAAUAUUGGUCCAAAGCAUCCCAAACGACAGAGCUGUGGCUGUCUUUUGGUUUGCUACUACUCUCGUAGAUGAGGUGGGAAAGAUGGAUUCCAAUAAUAUGAAACAACAUAGGUUUCAUCAGUUGGUAAAACCCAACGUCGAAGACAUUGCGCCAUUGAUCUCGCGAUACAUAUCAGACAACACUGCUGACAUCAAAGUCAGACAAGAGGCUUUGAAAUGCUUUCAGUCUUGUGUGUCUUACUCCCAUCGUGCUUUUGUCGACGACGAGAUUGUUCUUGAACCCCUGCGGAAGUUAUCAAAGCCUGCUUUGGAGGAGUGUCUUGGCAAUGACGAGCUAUAUGAGAUCACAGUUGAGAUCUUUUCUGACGUUCUUGCGAACUAUUCGAAGUUUCUCCAUGACGAAGACUUCAAUCUCCUCAGGCAGAUUCUGAAUAGUUCAUGGGCCCAGGAACGCUACCAACAACUGGUCAUGGGAGAUUUUGAAUUCGAUUCCCUUCAGUUUGGAAUGUUCAUGCUUGCUUUCGGCGAUGCUACCGUCCAGGACUUGACUCGAAAUAGCGGAUCGGUAGCUCAAUCUCAAUACCUCUCAGCUCUUUGUGGACUUCUCUCUGCCGAAGGAUACGCAGUUCACGAAGACAAAAUCUACAUGCCCACCCUCGAGUUCUGGAACACUUUCGUUGAAACCAUGGUGGACGAGAUCUACUCUGUGGAUGGCGAGCACCCUCUGUGGUUCAAGUCAGCCCAAGACCACGUAAUGCAGGUUAUUUCUAACUGCUGGCGAAAGAGCCAAUUCCCACCUGGAAACAUAUAUAAUUCGUGGGAUUCGGUUGACCGAACAGGAUUCAAGGAUGCGCGUCGGGACUUCUCGGACCUUCUUCAGCAAUUCUAUCUUACAACAGGCAUCAGUCUCCUACAAUUCUUCAUCUCCUCGAUACAAGCAUCAACAUCCACUAAAGAUUGGGCCCAGAUAGAAGCCUCAACAUACUGCUUGUCGUGGUUUUCAGAUUGCAUCACAGAUGACGAGCAGCAGGACCAAUACUUGGAUCAAAUAUUCACACCGGCACUCGUGGCUAUUUUCAUGGACCCAAACAAAGAAGUGCCCACUAGGGCAAUGAAAGGCUUCUUGGAUCUUGUCAGCGUUUAUGCAGACUAUUUCGGACGUAGGCAUUCACAGCUACCCAGUGUUCUGAACAUAGUCUUCGAAGCAACCAGCGCAACAGCUCUAGCCAAAACAGCUUCUAAGUCUAUUACCAAGCUUUGUUCCGAUUGCCGAGAGGUUCUUAAACCCGAGCUAGGUGCUUUUCUCCAACACUAUACCAAUAUCGCUUCUAAUUACGCACUUGACUCUGCCGUCAAGGAAGCUGUCAUGGAAGGUAUUGCUUCUAUCAUACAAGCACUUGAUAGCGAGGAUUUCAAAUUGGCUCCAUUAGAUACUCUUUUCAACUACGUUGAGACAGACAUCGAACGCUGUUUGAGCAUGAUUGCUUCGUCGUCAGCUGGUGCAGUUUAUGUAGUUACUGGAGCUGAUGGCUCUCGAAAAGAGCUUACAGCCCUUGAUUUCGGCAUCUUGGCUUUGAAGUGCCUCGUUAGUAUUUCGAAAGGUGUUCAGGUCCCUGACGACAAGCCUGUCGAUCUCGAAUCCAAGAGCCCAGUCUCUCCUUUCUGGACCACAGGAGAAGGAUCCCGUGUCCAACAGAGAAUAUAUUCAAUGAUGUCUCGCAUAUAUGAUGUCUUAGGAAUGAGCGGCGAUAUCAUCGAUGAGCUUUGCAGAGUUUGGCGUCACGGAUUUCGAGAGAUGGAACCUGGCCCUUUUGUGAUGGCUCCCGAAGUAUCAUCACAAUUCCUGAUGAGAGCAACCUUACAGACUCCACGUCUCGUUCGUGUGAUCGAUACAAGCUGCUCUCUUAUCGCCGCGAAGAAGUGGGGACCUGGCUUGGAGCAAGUCCUGGAGACUCUGCUUGUCUGGCUAGCACAAUUACUUCAAGCAUUAGGAGAACCUAGCAAUGAUCCUGAGAUUGCGCAAGCUGGUAUCGAGUUCUUACAGCGACUGACUAGCAAAUUCCCUAAGAUUCUUCUUAACCACCAACCUGUCGUCUCACUAGAAUUCCUCUUCAUGUUUGCCCUUGGAGCUCUAGGUGGAACGGACCCUUUGCCCAAGGCCGCAGCUGCGGAUUUCUGGGCCACCCUAAUAAACAUUACAGACCAACCGCGAGAAAUUCAAUCACAACUUGACAACGCCAUACAAGCGAUAGGACCACACCUCGCACAGAAGCUCAUAUACAAUAUCGGUGGACAUGCUGCUCGUAGCGAGCUCGACAAGCUUUGUGAUCCAUUGAGGAAGCUGGUUGUACGUCAAGCCAACUCGAAAGCCUGGUUCGAAGCUGCUUUGCUCGACCAGAAUUUCCCCAGCGAUAAUAUCGAGGUCAAGGACAAAGAGACUUUCCUGCAGAAGAUCAUGUACCUUCGUGGUGCAAGAGGCACGAACCAAGUAGUUCGCGACUUCUGGCUUUUGUGCAGGGGAUCGAAUUUCGCAUAUGCAUCUUGAGAAUCGAUAGCUUCAUGAUACCCACGUUGAUGACAAAGGAUGGAUGAAACGAGGAAACGAGAUCUCAUGUCAAUUAUUGUAGAUAGGAAAUUAAAAAAUAUCACUAGAAAUCAAGACAGGCCC